UCAUGAAGUAGUUCAUAUUUUUAAAACGGAAAAUUAUCAAUAUCUUAACUUAGUUUGAUAAGAAAGUAUUUGUGUCGUUACAUAAGUUUAUUUUAAGAAAUUUCCGAUAAACAUUCAACAAGACAUGUUUAUGAUAUUCGUGUUAGUAAGUUUCAUAGACGUAUCCAAUGGAAACGGACUACUAAAGGACCCCCCAAUGAGAUCCACUCUUUGGAGGAUGGGCUACGACGCACCCAUCAACUACAACGACCACACCCUCAACUGUGGGGGGUUCUAUAGGCAACAUGAAUCAAACGACGGGAAGUGUGGCGUUUGCGGUGAUCCCUGGGACGGACAACGGGAAAACGAGGCGGGUGGGAAGUUCGCAAAGGAAAUAAUUGUAACGCGGCACUACACAAGCGGAAGUGAUGUAACAAUGGUCGUCGAAAUGCUUGCUCCACGAGGGGGGUAUUUUGAACUUCGGCUGUGCUCUGUAGCAGACUCUACCCUGCCAGUGACACAGGAGUGUCUAAAUCAGCACCCCCUGGAGAUAGUAAACGGAGUGGGGAGACGGUAUCCGGUGGAGGGGGAGAAGGAGGAGCAUCAUGGGAAAUACGAACUGAUCGUUCGUCUUCCGGCGGAAGUCACGUGCACACAUUGUGUCAUACAGUGGAAAUACCACGCAGGGAAUGAAUGGGGACAUAAUUCUGAUGGCCGCAUGUGCCGGGGCUGUGGCCCUCAGUUUGAAAUGUACAACUGUGCUGAUGUCGCAAUCUGGCCAGGAGAUGGGCAGCUGGGGGUAGGGACAGCCACACUAGUGGGUGGAGACACGACAAAGUCAGCUUCUGGGGACAGCGGACCUGGACUAGAGAACCCUGUCCCAACUGAAACUGUUCCCUCAGGAAAUAGAAACGAUGAAAGAGUAGAAGGUUCUGGCGGACAAGGUGGUCCUCCGAGCUCCAUCUAUCCUCAUCCUACUGAAACAGGUAUCGUAGCUCCAUCUGGUCCACAUGGUCCACCUGAUAAUGGUCCCCAAGGACUAUCUAACAAUGGUCCACAUGGCGGAUCAACAACUGGUAUAUCAGACCCACAGGAUCCAACCAAAGUCUUGAUAUUCCCAAGGUUUGAGGUCACACCCAAUGACAACAGUGAUCAAACGAACUAUGUGUCUCCGACAUCUGAAGCUGGACCCUCUGGUGCCCAACCUGCCGUUCCCACAGUUCCAUCACAUGGUACUGACAUGGACAGAGGAAUAUUAAAAUCAGGAAAUUUGUUCAAUGAUGCUAAUGUAAAGUUCGACCAAACAGUUAAUGACCACGGUGGCCAUGGAAACGGCAUUUCUGUAUCUUCGCCAGCAGAUGAAAACUCCGGAUUCAAUAACCCCAGCCCAACAUUUCUUCCAGAUGGUACCAAUAUUCAAGCCACACCAAAACCAGACGAAUCUCUGGAUCCGAUUCCUGAUCAGAUUUUUGAUGACUUAACACCAACUAAAACUCCUUCUGUACAAACGACCCAUGACAACCUGCCAGCGGAAGGCUCAGUGGUUAACAACCUGAAGUCGGAACUACCAACUCCAAGCGAAAAACUAGAUGUCAACAACGAACACAUGACAGAUCCUGCGAUUGUAAACGAAACACCAGUGGAAUCUACCUCACCUCAGGAUGAUCUCAACCACACGGGAACACCACAACAGGGCUCUGAAGGAACUGUCGGGAACACAGACAAUGGUGGUAUAGAGCCGUUGAUCCCAACAUUAGGAGCAAAGCCGUUCAGCCAUGUCAAUGAUGAGCACCAUGUAUCAUCUAUUGAAAAUAAUGCUGAUAGUGUGGGAUCGUCCUCAGUUGGUGACAAGGGAUCUAGUAACAGUGCUAGUAGUAACAGUGUUGAAGGCCCGGCAAAGGGGUCGGUGAAGAGCAGUACUAAGUCUUCUGUAUCGGGUGGUUGGGGAUUAGGAACUGGAUGGACUAUGGGCGAUCUUAGUCAAUUGCAAAUAGCACCAAUGUUGCUUCUGGCCAACAAAAUAUGGGGAGGCCAUGGGGUGAUGAGUAUGGGGCCUUCUUUGGGAGGCUGGGGUGGGAUGAAGAAGCAAAAGUGGGGAGGGAGCCUGUGGGGUGGCAAUACAGGGGCGUGGCCAGGGAGUAUCUGGGGUAAAACGCACGGUCUAUUUGGUGCUGGGGGAAGUCCUUGGGGUGGUGCUGGAAACGCAUGGGGUGGAGCUAAUACCUUCACUGGGAAUACCAUGGGUAAUUCGUGGACCGGAGCAGGAAUCACCUGGCCACAGAACCAUAAUUCCUGGCUUUCGGGAAGCUCGAAUAACCAGUGGGGUAAUAAGCUUAACUCUUGGAACAGCCAGCCAUCAGUCUCCUGGCAGGCCGGACAGAGGCGUCCUCUAGCAGCUCAUUUACCGUUAUGCGAGGCAAAUCAACGGCUCCUGUGCGAGGGACUUGGAGCAUUGGCCAAUAACCAGGGCGCUAAGCAGUACUGUAACCGAAACUGUCCCACCGGUGCGGAGUGCCCGAGUAACGUUUGUACCUGUCAGUGUGCAUAUCAGUAUAGCCUUCAGUGCAGGUAUAUGACAUCUGGCAUUGCAUUGCAAAGCAACCAUGACUGGUGUAACAAUGUCUGCAACAGUGGAAAUUGCCCUGUACGUUACUGCGAUUGUAAGACGCUGUCAAACUGGUGAAACGUUUUUGUAAUGCAUUUUCUUGGUGUUGAAACCAUUGUAUAUGUACAUUCUACAUGUUAGCACCUUAAUUAUAGCUUUUUGCUCAUCAACCAAAUGUUGAAGUGUGUUCUGUUUACGAGCUCUGUGUUAUGUUCACCGUUGAACAUUCAACAAACGCCAUGCAUAAUGCAUGUCGACGCUAUUUAUUGGUAUUUAUUUCAACAUAUUUAUUUGUAGAAAAGACGUCAGUUGCCAAAAUGUUUCCGCCUGCAAUAAUUUAUCAACUAAGAGUUCAUCCUAUCUAAUGAUUGUUCCUUGAUCACGAUGUUCCUUAAUCUUCUCCCUUGACCAUCAUGCUACUCAAUCAUAUCCUAAGAUUAUGUUCCUUGAUCAUGUUCCUUGAUCAAUGUGUCUUAAUCUUCAUGUUCCUUGACCACCAUGCUACUCAAUCAUAUCCUAAGAUUAUGUUCCUUGAAUAUGUUUCUUGAUCAACGUGUCUUAAUCAUCAUGUUCCUUGACCAUGUUCCUUGAUCAUCAUAUUCCUUGAUCAUGCCCCUGAUCAUUGUGUCCCUUGAUAAUCAUGGUCCUUGAUCAUCACAUCCCUUGGUCAUGAUUCUUCUUAAUCAUGAUGUUCCAUAAUCAUGUUCCUUGAUCACGGUGUUCCUUAAUCCUCACGUUCCUUGAUCAUGUUCCUUGAUCAUCAUGAUCCUUGAUCAUCACGUUCCUUGAUCAUCAUCUUCCUUGAUCAUCACGUUCCUUGAUCAUGGUCCUUGAUCAUCACGUUCCUUGAUCAUGUUCCUUGAUCAUCACGUUCCUUGAUCAUCACGUUCUUUUAUCAUCAUGUUCCUUGAUCAUGUUCCUUGAUCACCACGUUCCUUGAUCAUGUCCCUUGAUCAUCAUGAUCCUGGAUCAUCACGUUCCUCGAUCAUGUUCCUUGAUCAUCACGUUCCUUGAUCAUGUAUCUUGAUCAUCACGUUCCUUGAUCAUGUUCCUUGAUCAUCACGUUCCUUGAUCAUGUUCCUUGAUCAUCACGUUCCUUGAUCAUGUUCCUUGAUCAUCACGUUCCUUGAUCAUGUUCCUUAAUCAUCAUGUUCCUUGAUCAUGAUGUUUAAAUAGGUACCGCUAUGUGUUAAUCUGUGAUAAACGUAUGUCAAUGUUAUUGUGAGUGUGCAACGCUCAUUAAAUGUACCAAUGAUUCUUGUUAUUGCGCCACUAUUAAUCUAUCUCACACUCUAUAUACUAGAUAUUGUAAUGUGCAGAUACACAUAUCUCUUACAUGUGUUUCUAACCGUAUAGCUACUAUUUUUAAGAGAUUUUAAAUUUAUGCAAUUUGUUGAAGUAAGUACAAUACUUUUGUCAUACUUUCUAUUCUGUUGUAUAUUUAUUGAGUGUUUAACAAUGGGU